CCUCAGCGAGUCGAGGCCCAGAAUCAGCUAGCCAAAGACCGGAAUCCUCAGCAAGUCAGAAUCCAGAAUCCUCAGCGAGUCAAAGCCCAAUUCCAAAAAACCAGACUCAUUCUCAGCGAGUCAACUAGACUGAUCCUCAGCGAGCCAUCCAAACCUAUUCUCAGCGAGCCAACCAAUGAUGUUCUUGGCCAAUCAAGACCCAGAAUCCUUAGCGAGUCAAGGCUUAGAACCCCCAGCGAUUCAAGACCCAGAAUCCUCAGCGAGUCAAGACCCAGAAUCCUCAGUCCUCAGCCAAGCUUAUUCUCAGCAAGUCAUCAGGACCUAUUCUCAGCGAGCCAUCUGAACCUACAAUCGGCGACAAAAUUGUUGAGACAUUGUACUUAA